AUGGGUUGGUGGUCACUAGGUCCCGAAGACGAGGAGGUAAUGGAGAUGCCUCACUCGCUACCCGUUCGUCGAGUUCGUGGAGGUGCUGGACGAGUACCGAAUCAUCGAAGAGGCAACGAUCAUGUAUCCCCAGGAAGAAAGACGGAUCGCACUCGGUCACCAGCAAGUUCCAAACAAACAAAGAGAAACAAGAAAAAGAGACCUCGAGUGGUCGGAACUCCCAAGGAAGAAGAGUCUAAUCUAUUUGCGUCCAUUGGACGAAUGGUCAACAACACUGAUCCUCAUCGAUUUGCCAGUGAUCUUUCCACCCUUGGAACGGCCAAGUAUCCAGGUCAGAAUGGAAUUCCCGUCGACGCCUUGAUGAUGAAUAAUAAUUAUGCCAACGAAGCCCAACGUCGGGCCAACGAAAUGGCCAAUGCCAUGGCCUGGUUGACCAACCCCAACGCAACUGCAGCACAAGAAGAAGAAGAAUCAUCAUCGUCAUCGCAAGCUACUACCAUUUCGGACUUGUUUCAAGAUGAUUCUUCUGAAAAUAUCACACCUUUUGCCUUGAAGUCGGAAGAAAUGCCAGAGCUGAUUGCUCUGUUAAAGCAUGGACAAACUACUUGUUCUUACAACGACAACAACAACGAGAUUGAUCAUAUUACGAACAAGAAACCGGCAAAAGGACAACACAAGAACUUUGAGAUAAAGGGUAAGGAGCUGACUGCUGAGAAACGAGCAAGGGAUCUACAAAGAUCGCUGGAGUGGUUACAACAGAAUAACGCAAGAUAUGACGCCCAUGAGCCACUCGAAGAAUAUGCCGAAGAACCAUUCCAAACUGUGGAUGCAGGAUUCCGGCAAUGGACGUCAAGGACAACCCCAUCCCUGGGUUGGCAGCGAUUGCAUGAUGAUUCCAGAGGACAAUCCAAGGAAGCAAAACAGAUUGCCGAAAAUUUGAAGCAAUCUCUUGAUUUGAUCUUGAAUGGUGAUAUCUUUGACAGCAAUGGUUCAUCAUUGAAGAACGGCCCGGUCUUGAACCGAUUGAAGGAUCUCUUUGUGGAAUGGACGUUUAGAGAGAACGAUGGAAGUAAGGAACUGGAAGAUGCCUUGAGCUGGUGCAAACUUCAUACACAAAAGUAUGACCCUUUCACUACUAGUAAAGAAGAGGAUCGCAGGGUCGUCGAAUCAAAGAAACUGCUUAUCUUACUUGAAUUCAAGGAAGACGACGCCUGGGAUGAGCGCAAACAGGAAAUGGAAGAAGCGCUCGCAUUAUGGGCCAUUUAUAAGGACAAAUCCAUGGAAGACAUCGACGAUCAUACCAUUGAGAAAAUGAAAAAGAUCAAAGAUGUUUUGGUGCAAAUCAAGCGACGUAGACUAACCAUGAGUGAUAUGACAUACAUGGCACGAGAAAUGAAUGGGGUCCUAACCUUGUACCUUGCCAAAGGCACAAGGUAUCUUAAGUCUCUGGGGGAAAGGUUUGAUCCAUUGCCCGAUCGACGGAAGGACAUGGUGGAGCUGCUACUUGUCCUGGAAGAUAACAAGUGCAUCUCCGACAUUCUGGAUAAGUACAAUGGCGAAGAUGGGGCGAGAUUCCAAAAGCUUCAUGAUUCAAUUAUGGAUUGGAAGUCCAAGAAGGGAUUCAACCCAAAUUCGAAUACAAUUGCGAUGAAUAUAUCCGUAAAGAAUGGCAUCGAAGCUGUACUUGACUGGUUUGUGGCAACUGAAGAGAAUUUUAGUGUGGCAACUUCGAACGAAGAUGAAGUCUACAUGGCUCAGAUUGCCAAGAGUGCUUUGGAUGCUUGGAUGAUUCCGAGCGAAUCUAGCUUCCAAGAUUCAAAGUUUGCAGUGAAGGAGAUCAAAGGGGCGCUUGCACUCUACCAGAAGGCUUUCGAAGAGCCAGAGAUGCUUCAAGAGCUGUCACGAGAUAUAAUCAAGGAGGCUGGCAUCAACAGUCAACAGGUGAAUCCAACUGACAUGAGCUGGAAACGCAAGGAGGCUGGCCAUAACUUCAACGAAAGCUCGGAGCCUAUUGGUGUUAAAAUUCAGGAUUUAAAGUUUGAUGGUGUCGUUCCAUUGGUCCCCUUAGAGGAGGAAAAAUUGGUCCAAGAGAUGUCGAGCGCAUUAGAUUGGCUUCGUCACAACGAUGCUGCACUUGAUGUUGACGAUGUUAUGUCUGCAGCUUUCUGCGUUGCAACAUCCAAGAAAAUUGAUGGUAUCGUGCCAAGGACAGGAGAUGUUCUUGCUCCCACAACUAGAGUGGAUAAUGCCCUUGAUUGGUUGCGUUCGAAGACCAUUGUUGACAACGAAAAUGUAUCCAGCUCCAAGAAAAUCGAUGGUGUACUUGCAAUAAGUGCUUCAUCUAAUGCCGCAAAUGAGCCUGGCUUUGUAGGUGCCUUGGAAUGGCUUCGCGAGAGGCAGAGAUACAAUGCCGCGUCCCAUGUGAAAGGUGGGUAUUGUAGCUCUGACAACAAUGCUAAGCUUAUCGCAGUCUCUGUGAUCCCAAAAACCGAGGAUGAGAGAAAAGCAGAGCAGAUGGAAAGUGCAUUAGAUUGGCUUCGCUGCAAUGGCCCUCCCGGGGAUAUAUCCGUUGACAGCGUAUGUCACACUCUCAACAAUGGAUUUGCUUCAGCCAGUACUGAACUCGGUAUCAAUCGGCCUGGUGGUAGUUUAUCAGCACCUCAACGCGAAUUGCACUGGCUGCGACCUCAAACUGCUACGAUCAUCGAAACGUCUACUACUGUUUCAAAAGGAGCUAGAUGCACAGCUGGUCAACCUUUAUUAGUCGAUGACAAGCGUGUAAGUGAGACGACGAAUUUCCCUCAUUGGUUUCGCCGCAACGAAGAUAGUGUUCAUUCCAGUGACAGAUCAAAUGGGGAAUCGGAACUGGGCACCACUGAGGCAUCGGGGCCUGUCGCUCAUGUCUCGAACGAAGAGCAUUCGAUUGAGAUUUUUGGCACUGGGCAAUCAUGGAUGAGAAUCGCUUCUCACAAUGAUUGCGACGGUGAUGAUGACGAUCUAGCUGGCAUUUUUGCAGCUUUUGAUGAAAAGUCGCGAAUGAAAGCGCUCGAUAACGAGACACUUCCUACUUCAAUACAGCUCAACCGGCCAGAUAGUCCCACGGAUGUAAGAGACGACGCGCUGGCGUUCAAUACACCAUUUGAUGUUAAUGUCAUUCCAAGGGACGACACACCACCCGGAGUUGAGAGUAAUGACGCGGGCUGGUCAGUGCACAUAACCAGAUUGUUUUAUGAAGUCCCUGAUGAAAGAGUGUCAUGUGGAAAUUUUGGCAUGUUGAAGGCAAUUCCAUUCUCCCGAGAACGAAGCCAAGAUUUCGAUAACCAUGAUCUCGAUUGGAUUCGACAUCCCGCAAUUGAGGUUCAGUUGGAUGACGAGAUGCUGUGUUACUGCAAAUCGAGAGAUGUUCGGUCGAUUCCAUGUGAUGGCCCACACAAGAGAGAAAUUAUGAUGCCCAACAUAGACUGGAAUCGCCAUGGUAAGCUAUUGAAUCCCAUCCCUGGGGAAGAACACUUUGAUGAUAGACCACAAGAUGUUCGUUCAGUUCCUUGCUCUGGUACGCUAUAUGAAGCAGGCUUCCCAGACUUGAGCUGGCGGAGGAAUCCAGCCUGGAAGAUCAACAAAACAGAGGAUAAGGGGAAUAUUAAUCUCUUUGACCACCCAGGUAAUCUGAGAUCAAUCCCACGAAGUGAGAAGUCAAACGAAGAGAUGUACCCAUCUAUUGGCUGGGAUAGAGUUGGCCACAUGAAACAAGAGAUGAGAAUGCAUGAAGGUAGUAUAUUUGACCAUCUUAUUGACUUGCGAUCUAUUCCUCGAGAUGGGAGCCCCAGUGCGGAAGACUUCCAAACGAUAACAUGGGAACGACAUGGUGCAAGACGUCAAGAACUGGAAGAAGAAGACGCUGCUUUUUAUAGACCUGGUGAUGUAAUAUCUAUUCCUCGAGAUGGGAAUCCCUGUGCGGAUGAUUUCCCGACGAUGACAUGGGGUCGAAAUGGUUCAAGACGACAAGAAGACACUAUCUUAGAUGGUCCUUGUCACCUAAGAUCUAUUCCCCGGGACUGCAGACAUAAAGAGUCAUUCGAUUUAGAGUUUACAUGGGAGCGCCAAACUUCUGUUGAGUGCAUUGCUGGAAUGGAUCACGGAAAUGCAUUUGAUCAACCUAGAAACUUGAGGUCGAUCCCACGUGAUGGUCAUCCACAUGAGGUACCUGACAUCAAAGGAGAACGCCAUUUCGGAAAUAUGUCUUCAACUCAGUACAAUAAGAUGGGACUUGAAUUGGAUUGGUCUGGCGGCCGACCAAAUCGUCUUCUCACAGUUGAGCCAAAACGGGAAAACGAUGAUGCUACGUAUGACUGGAUGAUUACAAGCCCGAAGGGUAAAGACGCAAACUACGAUUGGUCAGGUGCUCGGCCCUACGAAAGACCGGAGACAAGUUUGGUUUCGCUUUCUGCACCGUCCAUCGAUGUAGCAAGCUCUGGAGUCAACAACUGGCUUCCUGAUGAUCUAUCAGAAUACACCCAACUAGGUGAAGACAAGCCAAGGCCUAUCACAGGCGUUCCGUGUGCAGCAUGGACAAUGUUAGCUCUUGGUGCUGCGGCUGGUGGUGCAAUGACCAGUGGAACUGCCCCACAAGGUGCCGCGGUUUCAAGUCAAUUUGCACAUAACAACAGCGUUGGUUCUACCACCGACAGACUCUACCCUAAUCCAGGAGAUCUGCCCAACUGUUCGAAUGAUGCUAACUGUCAGAUCAUCAUGGAUAGUCUUUCACCUGUUCUUCCUCCCGAUGUUUUGGGGUUGUUUGACUUCCCUGGAACAUGUCAAACAAAGGCUCGUGAUUGGUUGCGCACAGGCAAGGACAUUCUCGAGCUCAAGGCAGAGCGAAUCCGCCAACGAUACGCCAUGAGUGCCUUCUUCUGUGAGAUGGACGGUGGAGACUGGAUUACGGGGGAUUCUUGGCUAUCUGAUCUUCACGAGUGCGAUUGGUACAACAAGGUCGGACUUGAUCCUUGCAAUAGACGCGAACAAAUGGAGAUGCUCCGUGUGACUGAUAAUGGUUUGGCUGGUACUUUGCCAGUCGAGUUGUUCAUUCUUUCCAACCUCUACGAAUUCACUCUCGCAAAUAACUUGAUGUCUGGUACAUUGCCACAACUAUUUGACAAGUUCAAGCAGCUUGAUACUCUUGUGAUUCCAUUCAACCAAUUUAAGGGAUCCUUCCCACACCAAAUCUGGGAAUACCCCGAUAUGGUAUACCUUGAUGUUGCCUACAAUGGUUUCACUGGUUCAAUCCCCACUGAUAUUGAUAGCAGGAUGCCCAACUUGCAAGUGGUAUUCUUGGAGAAUAACAAUUUGUCGGGACCUAUUCCUGAGAACUUGGGUAACCUCAAGCAGUUGCACAGAUUGCAUCUUGACGAUAACAAGUUCAGCGGGAAGAUUCCUCGCACUCUUGGAUCGCCACCUCGCAUCAGCGAACUUCUCCUUCACGAUAACCUUCUCACUGGAGAGGUACCAAAGGAACUUGGUGAUCUGAACCGAUUACAAUUGUUGACUCUUCACUACAACUCGUUUGAUGAGCAAUCCAUUGACGAGCAUAUCUGCGACUUGAUGUACAACAAACAGCUCGAGUUGGUCACAGUGGACAAGGCAACCAUUAACUGCAGUUGCUGUACAUUGGGAGAAGAGUCGUUUGUAUAG